GGGAACCCAAAUUAUUCAAAAUGAAUUCCAAAUCCAACACGCACUCACUCGACAUUGUAAUUGAGCCUCAAUUCCCGCUUUCUCCCACCUUUCCAUUUCCCCCCACUCAAUCUCCACCAUAGCAGCGACAAGUUUCGACACGCUCCGCAAAAUCCAGGUAAAAAUCGGAAGGAAAUGUAGCAAAUUUCGAAACCCUAGUUGAUUUCGUUCCCAUGUCCAGCCAUCCAGUUACUGGUGCACGCUUCCGGUUGCGCGAGAUGACGAAGGUUGCUGCGGCCGCUCAGUUGCCUGCGUCUAAUGCUCUUCAUUUUGGUGGCGGGGCUGGCGGAGGUGGGGUCUCCAAGAUCUCAACCACCACUUUGAAGAGGAAAACUCCGUCUGAGUUGCGGGGAGAACUAUUGAAGCUUAAGAAUCCAGUAGAGUCUGCUCAUGAAUCUCCGUCUCUUCCUAGUUUCAUGAGAAAUGUAGAUGGAGCAGCUUCUGGACCCAGUAAAUCAGAUUCAUCGAAAGCACCGCGAUUUACACGAAUGGAUGAACAUUUCCCAGCAACUAAAAUCAGUAGGCUGCUUUCCAGAAAGGGAACUUCUAAGGAUUAUCAUCCAAGCAAGUGUUUCAGCAGCCUGGAAGAUUCCAGUUUUCCCAUGGAAUUAAAUAGCAAACAAGGGCAGAACAUUAUGGCAUCAGAAGGUGUAACUGACUCUUCCAAUCAUAACAACUCGACUGAAAAAUGCCUUCACAAUACCUUUAAGAGUGUUAAAGAGCUAUCACAGGGUGGUGAAAACUUAAAUGGCUCCUCAUCUGUAGAUAUGGGCAAAGCUUUGAAAGGACUUGUUUCAUGUGAAUCUCGUGUUCCUUCAGUUCCACUUCCUGAGUCUAUAGAUACAGCAGGAAAUAUUGUGCCUCAUAGCUUUUGUUCAGAAAUCCAUAUACCUGGUCACAAUAUUCCACUCGAUUUAACCCUUAAAACUUCCAUGAGGUUGCAGUCUUCAUCCUCUGUCAGUUGGUUUCAUAAGUUAAUAAAUUGUGCCACCUCAAACAGUAUGAAUCUUUUUUCACAUGCUGGUUACCAAAUUCAAGGUUCCACCUGCUCAUCAGAACCUACCUCCACAAGCCAAUCACAUUCUUGGAUGUAUCCUCAAUCUAUUCUACCUCUAGCAGCCAUAUCAGCAUUGGCAUCUGCACCUGGAGACUUCCUAAGUAAAAGGCAGCAAGCAUGGGAGGAUUCAUUUCGAAGUCUUUAUUACAUGCUGAGGAAGAAAAUUUGUAAACUAUUUUAUGUGUGCAGUCCCCAGGUUGUAGUUAUGUUCACUGCAUAUGAUGGUGCAAGCAAAACCAAGUGUUCUUGCCAUGCCUAUGUAUCCCAGUCAACGAGAAAUUUAAGGUCACUUCUAAAAGCACACGACGUUUCUUUCUCAAUGCCUCUUUGUUCCUCUAAAGUAGAAGAAGUUACUGCAGAAGACAUUGUUGAACUUUCCCACAUCGAAAAACACAAUCUUGGCCAGACUCGAGCUAUGGAGUCCUUGAUUGGCGUUGAUAACACUCCACAAUCCUUAUUGAUGUUUACUGGGAACAAGAAUGUACACGCGUUGUAUUUCUUAGCUUCUUUGACUGGUGGUGAUGUUCCCGUGCUAUAUUCACCAGUUCCUUUUGAGAAUGCUUCUCUUUCAACUCCUGAGGUUAGAUGCAAACAGGUAAGACGGGUUGACUACUUGUCGUUUCAGCUCAAGGACUGUAACAAGGACAGUGAACCUAAAAGUUCGAGUGCUGGGAUCUGCUAUAGUGUUGAAAUUAAGGACACAUAUCUUCCUCCAUGGGUAAUUUCUGGCAUUUGCAAUGCUAUGAAAUGUAAUGGAGGUGACUUUCAAGCCAGUUUUUCAACCGAGCCUACUUCAACUGGCUUGAAUAUUGGUCUAGACGUAAUAACCAAAGAUCAAUCUUCUCACCUAGCUACAGCACAUGAACAAUUGCAAGAAAGUGAAAGUUCUUUUAGCAUUCCAAAUACAACUCUCUCCCUCCAAAGGCAUUCUGCCUUUCUGAAAGGACUGAAGUAUGGUGAUGGCUCUUACACAGCCUUUCUAUCGCCGAUUGGAUGAGGGGAUGCAUCACGUGUUUUUACCAUUUUGCCCUUUGUAUGGGCUUCAUAUUAUUUAUGCAAUCCUAAUUUUGCUUUGUUUUUUAUGACUUGUAUAGCUCUUCAAUCCUUUCAAUUUGAAAAUGGAAAAGGGUAAACUGUACUUUGCAUAUUUGAGGGGAGAUGACUGUAAAAGUUGGGAACAGAUCUCUGUAUAAUUCACACCAUUAAGUGCAAGGCUGUUAAAUGUAAUGGCUCAAUCUUAUUUUUAGCUACAA